AUGACCAAUAUAACAAUUGAUAAUUAUCAAAUAAAAAGAGAUAAAGUUAAAUUAAAUAUAAAUAAAAAUGUUGGAGGAUUAAAUAACAUUGUGUCAUUUAUAGUGGAUAGAAUUUACGAUUUUUUUAAUAUCGAUAAUAAUAACUUCAAUGAUAUCAUUGAAAAUUGUAUAGAUAAUAGUAUCGACCAAUAUUACCCCAACACAUUAUUAAUAAAUGGUAGAUCAGGAAUUGGCAAAUCCAUUCUAAUUCACUCCAUACUAAAUAACCUAUCAACAACAUUAAAAUAUAAGAUUGUAAACUCUUCAAAUCUUUUUCAAAGAGAUGACGGCGAUACAGAGAAAUUAAUUGAUAGCUUAUUUACAACCUCAUCAACACAGUCUCCAUUUGUAUUAGUAUUUGAAGAGGUAGAUUCAAUUUCACAAAUUAGAAAUGAUACUUUAGGUUAUAUUGAACAAAGAGUUGUUUCAAAUUUUUUAACAUUAUUAGAAAGAAAUAGUAGAAAAAGAUCAGUAUUUGUUAUUGGUAUUACAUCAAGAAUAGAAUCUAUUGAUACCUCAUUUUUUUCAAUUGGUAAAUUUGAUACAGUAAUAAAUAUACCAAUACCAUCACCUAAAGAUAGAGAAACAAUUAUUUAUUUAUUAUUUAAAAAAUUCCCAAAUUUUAAAAAACAUAAAAAUCAUUACAAAAAAAUGGCAGAGUAUAUUGGUAAUUGUACACACGGUUUUGUUGGUUCAGAUAUAAAUAGUUUAUGUAAAGAAGCAAUAUUAUAUGCUAUCAAAAGACAAAGGGAAAAUAUAGAUGGUACAGAUAAUAAUAGUAAAGAUACAGAAAAUAGCAAUACAGAUAAUAUAGAUUUUAUAAUUAAAGAAGAGGAUUUUAAUAAAUCAUUUGAAAUUAUAAAGCCAUCAAUUUUAAAUCAAUAUAAAUUACCAGCAACAAUCGAAAAGAUAAAGUUUAGUGAUAUUGGGGGUUUAGACGAUAUUGUAGAAAAAAUCAAAUCAUCGAUUUUAACACCAAUUUUAAAUAGACAUAUAUUGGAUAAGUUAGGAAUUAAACCACCUUCUGGUAUUUUAUUAUAUGGUCCCCCAGGAAAUGGUAAAAGUUUAAUUGCACGUGCUAUCGCAUCAGCUUCCCCAAACAUCAAUUUCAUUUCAGUUCAAUCUACUGAUAUCAUCGAUCCAGUUGUUGGUGCUAGUGAAAAGAAUAUUUCAAAACUAUUUAAAACUCUUAGAGAGAGCUCCCCAUGUAUAUUAUUUCUCGACCAAAUCGAAGUAUUAGCAAAACUAAGAGGCUAUUCAGACUCAUCAGAUCAAUCAUCAGAUCGUUUGCUAUCAUGUCUACUAACAGAAAUUGAUGGAAUUUAUUCAAGUGGAGGUGGUGGCGAACAACUUCAGCAACAACAAUGCAUUAUCUUGGGUGCAACUACAAGAAUUGAUUUAUUGGAUCCUUCAGUACUAAGACCUGGUAGAUUUGAUUAUCAUAUACAUAUACCAAAUCCAGACUGUAAAGGAAGAAAGGAUAUACUUUAUAAAAUAACAAGAGAAAUGCCUUUGGACGAAUCUAUUGAUUUCGAUAAACUAUCAAAUAUUACUAUUGGAUUCAAUGGUGCAGAUUUAAACAAUUUAUGUAAAGAAACAGCUUUAUAUGCAUUAAGGAAUAAUAUAAACUCAAACAAAAUAAUAAUGACCGAUUUUUUAGAAACUUUAAAAUUAAUUAAACCCUCUACGCAAACUUUAUUAUUAUAA